AUGUGCAAAUCUCAAUGGGGCAUUUGUGGAUACACUGAAGAGUAUUGUGGUGUAGGUUGCAAAUCAGGACCUUGUAUACAAGGUAAGCGCGGUGCUAGUCAUAGUAUUAUUAAUAAAACCAAUUUUCAAUGUGCAUUUAAUGAUCUUGAUUCCGCAACAAGAACUGAGCGAUUUAAUGGUCUCAAACAAUCAGGUUGGCAAGCAAAAAAUGCUGAUGAAGCAGCUGUUUUUCUUGCUCAUGUGUAUCAUGAGACAGAUGGGCUCAAAACUUUAGUCGAAUAUUGUGCACCUGGAUGUGGCCCGGAUUAUGCUGAAUCAUGGUGUGAUAUUCAAGGAGCACCAGGACAACUCUACUAUGGUCGUGGUUGUUUUCAACUAUCAUAUCCAUGUAAUUAUUAUGCAGCUGGACAGAGUUUAGGUUUAGAUUUACUUAACCAUCCUGAUUUAGUUGCUCAGAGACAAGAUAUUGCAUUCAAAACUGCUGUUUGGUUUUAUUUAGCUAAUAAAAUGGAUGUUCCAGCUCAAGAAGGAGAUUUUGCUGCUACGACUCGAAUUAUUAAUGGAAACCUAGAAUGUAAUAAUGGAUCAGAAGCUGCCAAUCAACAAACACGAGUAGCAACAUAUGAGCGAAUUCGACCUUGUUUUGGUUUAGGACCACCAACAAUAAAUCCUACAUGUUAA